AUGGUGAGUGUGCAUCUUCUGAGUACCACUAUAAUUCACAUGUCUUAUGGUCAGGCUCUUGUAGAAGAGAGCAUCUGGCAAUCACUGGAGGAUGAUAUCAUUCCAUCAUUAAAUUCUGGCAAGUCAAACUGGCUGGAGUUACAGUCAAAGCUUCUGCCAAAGAAAUACAAAGAAUCAAAUGUUUGUGUCGCUGGAGAGUCAGUGAAAGUGGAUCUGGAGUUUAGGAAUCCAUUGCUAAUAUCUACUUCCAUAACAAGCGUGUCUCUCAUCUGUGAACUUUCCGCAAAUUCUGAUGACGUAAAAUUAGUAAAUAAUGAGCCAAGUAGCUCAAGCUUGGGUCCUGAGAGUUCCACAGGACAUAAUCAGGUUACAACCUCUGGUGUUUCUUCUUUCACUUCGUCUGAAGUGGAUUUCACAUUAGGUGGAGGCGAGAAAAAAUUGGUGAGACUCACUGUUACCCCUGGUGAAGAAGGUAUUCUCAAAAUUGUCGGUGUAAGGUGGGAGUUGUCUGGCUCCAUCGUAGGUGUGCAUUACUUCCAGUCUGUGCCUGUAAAGGCAAAAAAUGCCAAAGGAAGAAGGAAAAACAAACUUACACCCACUGAUGCCUUGAAAUUUUUAGUCAUCAAGAGUCUACCCAGGCUUGAGGGUUCAAUUGAUCAUCUGCCUGAGAAAUUGUAUGCUGGAGAUCUACGUUAUCUUGUUUUAGAGUUGAGAAAUAAGUCAGAAUCCCCAAUAAAGAAUCUUAAAAUGAAAAUUAGCCAUCCAAGAUUUGUAAGUCCUGGAAACUAUAAAGAAGAGCUGACAACCAAAUUUCCAGAUUGCUUAAAGAAGGGCGAUGAACAAAAUAUUCUUCAGCCUGAAACAAAUAGAACAAGUAGUGUAUUUGCAUUUCCAAAGGAUGUAUCACUGCAAGGAGACGGAUCUUUAAGGUGGCCUCUUUGGCUUCGAGCUGCCACCCCAGGAACGAUAUAUUUGUAUUUUACAAUAUACUAUGAGAUGGAAAAUGUAUCAAGCAUCAUGAAAUACCGCACCCUAAGGAUGCAUUAUAAUUUGCAGGUUUUACCCUCUCUACAGACCUCGUUUGAAAUCACCCCCUCUCCAUCAAGAUUGCAAGAAUUUCUUGUGCGUAUGGAUAUCGUGAACCGUGCGAAUUCAGAUUNUCUGAUAUUCUGGGUUACAACCUCUGGUGUUUCUUCUUUCACUUCGUCUGAAGUGGAUUUCACAUUAGGUGGAGGCGAGAAAAAAUUGGUGAGACUCACUGUUACCCCUGGUGAAGAAGGUAUUCUCAAAAUUGUCGGUGUAAGGUGGGAGUUGUCUGGCUCCAUCGUAGGUGUGCAUUACUUCCAGUCUGUGCCUGUAAAGGCAAAAACUGCCAAAGGAAGAAGGAAAAACAAACUUACACCCACUGAUGCCUUGAAAUUUUUAGUCAUCAAGAGUCUACCCAGGCUUGAGGGUUCAAUUGAUCAUCUGCCUGAGAAAUUGUAUGCUGGAGAUCUACGUUAUCUUGUUUUAGAGUUGAGAAAUAAGUCAGAAUCCCCAAUAAAGAAUCUUAAAAUGAAAAUUAGCCAUCCAAGAUUUGUAAGUCCUGGAAACUAUAAAGAAGAGCUGACAACCAAAUUUCCAGAUUGNAGUUCCACAAAGGUCCAAAUCCAGCCAUUAUCCACAACCGAGAUCCCGCUGCAGAUAUCAGUUUUCUCUCCAGGUAUCUACGAUCUCUCUUCAUAUAAACUUAACUGGGAGCUUUCUGAGCAUGGAAGUGCAUCAACAGGGAUAUGUCAAGGAUAUCCUUAUUACCUUACUGUUCUUCAGUCUGAGUAA